GUCUGCAUUCUGAUAAUACAGCAGAAGGCUACUGAUUCGAAAGUCUCUCUUUUUCUGCUAAAAUGAAAUUAUCUGAAUUUGUUUUCCUUAUUGCCAGUUUCUGUAGUUCUGCUGGAGAGUCUACACUGAACAGGAAUUGUGGGCUUCCUCCGAAAUUUGAAGUGGCACGAACUCCCGUAUCCGACGAUGGCGUUCACGUUCAUGGGACUGUAAUAAAUUACAACUGCAUAGUAGGAUAUGUGGGUCGCCUUAGACGGAAGUGUGUGGAUGGAACAUGGAGUAAUGUAAACCCAAGCUUCCGUUGUGAAUUAAAGCCAUGCUCAAGCCCUGGAGAUAUUCCACAUGGAACAUUUCAUCUGGUUGAAGGUGAAGAUCUGGUGUUUGGUGCACGCAUUGAAUACACAUGUGAUGAAGGAUAUAGGAUGGUGGGUACAAAAAACUACCGUAUUUGUGAAGCCGAUGGAUGGAGUGGUCUUGUUCCAUAUUGUGAAGUUGUGACCUGUUCCCCUGUGGAAGAACCAGAAAAUGGAAAGAUCGUUAGAUCAGAGCAAUUUGGCCUUGAGCAAAACUUUCCUUUUGGCUCUGUCCUGCAAUUCGAGUGUAAUUCAGCAGAAUUGGACAUUGAAGGUGUCAAAGAGAUUUAUUGUUUAGCAAAUGGAACAUGGAGUAAUCCAGUUCCUAAAUGCAAAGAAUUCAUAUGUACGAAACCAGCUAUAGAGAAUGGGAAAGUAAUUGACAACAAACAGAUUUACAAAUAUUCUCAUGUACUACAAUAUCGAUGCAAUCGCAAUUAUAGACCUGAAGACAUUCAACUGACUACAUGCACUAAAUUUGGAUGGAACCCACUACCAACUUGCACACCAAUAAUAUGUACGAUCAUUCCAAUAGACGAUGGUAAAUUCCAAACUACUAAGUGGAUGUAUUCCCAUGGUGAAAAAGUAGAAUAUACUUGUGAUAGCGGGUACAGACCCUUAGGCUCAAAUUUAGUAACAUGUGAAGCAUCUGGAUGGUUUCCAAAUCCAAGCUGUGUAGCAAUUAGGUGUUCAUUACCAAACGUCAAUGCAAUUUUCGAACCAUAUCAUCGUUGGUACUUCAAUCUUGAGAGAACAAUAACUUACACCUGCAGAAAUUCCAACCGCCGAAAUUAUUCCAAGUGUACACUAAGUGGCUGGGCCCCACAAAUAAAAUGUCCAGGACCAUGCUCAAAUCCACCAAAUAUUGAGCAUGGUGAUUUUCCAUAUACAAUGUAUUCAUACUACAGUGAUUUUGUGGGAAAUUAUCGAUGCAAUCAUCAUUAUAGAUUACAAGGGAGUGGUAAAAUCAAAUGCAUCGAUGGUGAAUGGCACAUCACAGACUCUAUUCCAGCCUGCAUUGAACAGAGAUGCGGAAAACCACCUCCAUUAACAAAUGGAAGAUAUAGUCCUGACCGAGCAAAGUACGAUGAAGGGAGCUGGGUGACCUACCGUUGUACUCGUAGAUUUGAACUUUAUGGGCAGAACACUGUGAGUUGUACUUCCAAAGGUUGGCCAGAGGCACCUGUUUGCAUUGACAGGAGCUUAGACUGUCCACCUUCACCAAAAGUAGAAAACGCAGAUAAACACGACCGUGAUGCCCAAACAGUUACUUAUCGAUGUCACGCAGGAUUCGAGAGAGAAGGAUCAGAAGAAAUAAAAUGCGUCAAUGGGCAAUGGUCAGCAGUACCGACAUGCAAAUAUCCUGAAGACUGUGAUCGUCCACCGAGAAUAACGAAUGGAGACAUAGAAGAGUUGGCUAGAGCAUUCUAUCAGCAUGGUGAAACCGUGACAUAUCGGUGUCGGAAUUCAUUCGUUUUGGAUGGACCAAAUCAAGUUAGAUGUUCAAGUGGGAAGUGGUCAGCCAUUCCACGCUGUAACUCUCCAUGUAGCAUGUCAGGGGAGGAUCUUGAAGCUAAUGGUGUCCUCUUAGACUGGUCAUUGUCGAAAACAGUAUAUCUGAAACAUGGAGACCGUGUAAAAUUUAAUUGCCCCAGUGGUUUGCAUAUUCAAGAUCCUGCAGAACGAUUUUGCAGAAAUGGAAAAAUAGAAAUUCCUAUGUGCCUCAGUGAGGAGAAUACUUUCUGCUCAACAUAUCAAUAUCUUGAAUGUCCAAGCUGUUCAAGAGCUGAAAUUUGUGUACAAUAUCAUAUUCAAAAAGUAAUACCUUCACAGACAGAUUCCAGCACACUGAGCUUAAAAGCUCUGAAUGGAAUUGGAAAUGCAGCAUUUAAAGUGCAGAAAACCAGAAAGGCACAUAACAACAUUUUGAAGUUUUCCAUCAAGGAAUCCACUGAUGCUAUUGUGAAUGUAAAAUAUAGCGAUGAGCAAAGCAGUAUAGCGUAUAAUAAUCCUGUGACUGGAGAUUACUGUUUAACAUAUCCUGCAGAUAAUUCUAUCAUUUUUAAUGUCACAUUUAGCAAGAUUUUCAAGAUGACAUUUGAGAAGAUGACAUAAAAUUUGGAAAACUGAAAAGGCACAAGAUGUAGCAGUGCAAGCUCUGAGAAAUAGCAACUAACUGCUUUCAAAGAAUGAAAGAUUCAGUUACAUUU